AUGAUGAUUUGUUUUAGGAAUUCAUUAGUUGGGAGUUGCUUGUUGCUAAUAGCGUUUUCGUGUUGCUUUAAUGCGAAGAGCAUCGAAGCAUUUGGCACGUUCGGAUUCGAUAUCCACCACAGAUAUUCCGACACUGUUAAAGAAUUCUUGAACACGGAUGGGUUGCCGGAGAAGGGUACGGUUGACUACUACACCGCCAUGGCCCACCGUGAUCAUCUCUUCAAGGGCCGCCGCCUUGCCGCCUCCACAGCCAUCCUCACUUUCUUUGGUAACAACCGGACUUACAACCUAUGGAGUCUUGGAUUCUUGCAGUAUUCAAUUGUUAGUGUGGGUACCCCUUCUCUUAAAUUUCUUGUGGCACUUGACACAAGCAGUGACCUAUUCUGGUUACCAUGUGAUUGUCCUAACUGUGCACGCUACCUCAACGGUACCGAUGGAAAGAAAAUCGAACUAGAUAUAUACAGUCCUAGUAAUUCGACAACUAGCAAGCCACUUCCAUGCAAUAGUGCUAAGUGCGGACCGACAAGAGGAUGCUCUCCAACUCUUAAUGCUUGUUCUUACCAUAUAUCAAAAGACAACAACACGAGUACAGGUAUAUUGGUAGAUGAUAUUUUGCGUUUUGGUACAGAUACUAUUCCACAAGACGUUGUCGAUGUCCCAAUUACAUUCGGAUGUGGAAAUAAUCAAACCGGUUAUUACUUGACCCACCGUGGUCUUAAUGGUGUGUUUGGACUUGGUAUGGACGGUAUAUCUGUCCCUAGCGUUUUAGCUAACAAAGGUCUUACUGCAAAUUCUUUCUCUCUUCUUGGCAGCCCGACUUAUAAUAUCAACGUGACACAAAUUGUUGUGGGUAAUAAUGUGACCAAUCUUGGGUUCGCUGCAAAUUUCGACUCUGGCACUGCAACUACACGUUUGACCGAUCCAACUUAUUCGUUUAUCGUAAACAACUUCAAUUCUCGCAUAACCGAGAAACGUUAUUACUAUCCAUCCGGAUUUAUUUUAGACUAUUGCUAUAUACUCAGUGCAAGUCAAUCAACCUAUACAACCCCAAACUUGACCUUCACAAUGAAAGGUGGAAGCCAGUUUACUGUCACUGUACCAACGGUUCGGUUUGAGGAGAAAGUUGGAUCUGUAUAUUGUUUGGCUCUUUUCAAAAGCGAGGGCAUUAACGUCAUCGGACAAAAUUUUAUGACGGGGUACCGCCUAGUCUUUGAUCGCGAGGAGAUGGUUCUGGGCUGGCAAGAAUCUAAUUGUGAUUCCACCUCAUCCAAAAUUAUACCGCAAAUUCGUCAACGUGCACCACAACAACAACAACAACAACAACCACCGCCACCGCCGCCAAAUGGUGUUGUCCGAUUGAGUUCCAUGACUAGCGGACUUAUGGCGGUGAUACUUGCCGUUUUCUCUCACAACUUCAUCGUUCUUUCUUAA